AUGACAGAUUUUGGAGGGAAUUCAUAUGGCAAUCAUGCUACAAAUACCACAGCAAAGACAAACUAUCGAAUCCUCCUAUUUGGUAGGGCACCUGGCGUAAUACAUACUCUGAAACAUUCUUGGGUUGCGGUUGGCAUACCACUAUUGUCAGACAAAAAUGUGAUAGAUUUUAGAAUUUUCCGUACUAGAGCUAAUUCAAAUAAGCAACUUUUCCUGUUGAUUGAUGAGUUUCAGCUUAUUUUCAAAGAUCGAAAUGAGGAUAAAUUAUUAAAACAGUUAAUGUAUGCUCUUGGGCAUCAUAUGACCGGAAUAAUUCCUAAUAUAUUACUCUCAGCUGCACAGGACGCGAUACGAGCAAUGGAACCUAUAAUGCGAGAAUUUACAAAUGUUAAGGAAUUUUUUGAAAGUCUUAGUAAAAAGAACCCAUCAAGAAUUUACACCCAAAUUUCAAUCAAGCUUGAUAAUGCAUACAAAAUCAGCGCUUAUGCCAACGAUCAUAAAAUGCUCAUAUGCGAGCUUAUUUACAGAAAUAUUAUGGAAAUCAAAUCAAAUAUUUCUAAUGAUCUGCAAGAUGGUGACUCUACUAUAAAAUUUGAACAUUUGAAGCGUGAUAAGCAUUUGAUACUAAGGAAAUUGGAAACAGUACGUGGGCGUAGGAAUUUUAAUUAA